AUGGAGCUGAGAGAAGACCCAACUGCUUCAGCGCCUGCUCGCGAUGCGGAUGAUUAUCCGAAAAUGCCCGAAAUAGCUUUCGAUAAGGAUACAAAUAAUGGAUCCGCAGCAGAAGAAGAGGAAACGCUCACCACUACUUCAUUGACAGUUUCUUUAACUGAUGAAAUGCAGCUUUCUGCGCUGUUAUUGAACUCAUUAAGUUUCGAAGCGUUGUUACUGAUACUGGGGAAAACUGAUCAUUCACUUCAGUAG